ACUAACAGUAAAACGACAAAGAUACAGCACAGUGCUAACUACAACCUCGACCUUUAGAUGGGUUCAAAUUUGCCAAUGGUGCUAAAUGAAACCACGUUAGUAAUCAUCCCAAAAAGAAUAUUACAAAUUUUGAUUUUCCAUUGCAAACAUAUAUUAACAUUAUCGUGCCGAGUUCUCAUCCAUAGACAGCAAUCAUAAAGCAUCCAUGUAGGCUUAUAAAUGCAUCUCACUAUUCUCUUCACUCUUCACUCUUCACUCUUCACUCCACUGAGGAAAAAAAGAUGAAGUGUCACUACAGAAACACUAUCUCUCUCUUGCUUUGUCUCUUCAUCACAUAUGCGUCUUCCCAGUCUGUAAUACAACAAAUCACCAAUGACUUCAACACAAAUCCGCAGCGUAUAUAUGUCCUCUCAAUAAUAUUCAAGUAUCUAUGUCUUUUAUAUACUAUACUAGUGUUUGGGCCCGUAGUAGUACUACGUACAGGCAAACAAUUUUUUUGAAUUCCUUAAUAUUAAUAUGUAUGAAAACUACAUUUUUUGGUUAAAAAUGUAAACACCAUCUCCUACUAUUCUCAAAAAAUGCUGAAGAGUGUUAAUUUGCAUUUUACAUAAAGCCACAAAUUGUGGAUAUUAUAUCUAAAAUUUUAUAAUACUUUUAAAAUAUAUAUAUUUUAUUCGUUCAUUCUUUUCCCAAAAGGGACAUCUUUUACAAAAGUAGGCACUACAAUAAGAAUGACAUAAAAACAAAAUGGAUCAAAGGCCAAAUGAAGUGAAACACACGUAAUCUCUUCUACAAAGUAAUAUCGAUUAUAUAUAGAACUAUAGAAGAGACCUUUUUUUGUGCCGUGAAAGUAAUCGUGGAGUUCUGUGUGGUAAGGGGCAGUUGUAUUUUGUUGUUCAAUAAAAAAGGGGCAAUUAUUUUUUACAGUUGAAUAACUUUUUUUUAAUUGAUUAACUUUGUAAUUGGCUCAGAUUUUUAACCACUAUGUCAACAAUUAAUUAAAUUUUAUUUUUUUCUGAAAAACAUUUUCCACUUGUCUGUCUGUAUUUGAGUAGCUAGACGAUUUGAACUUUAGUAUAUAAGAGAUUUGGAUGCAAAUCUUCAGUCUUGUUUUGUCUUACCAAGAUGCUCUGUUUUUUUAAGCAGAUGAGGAAGUGCAGAACCAAACCCAAACGUGGAAGAAGAAAUGCAUUACUUACAAAAACAUCAAGAGAUCUCAUCGCGUGAUUAUAAACUCUCUUCUUCAAACACACUGAAGGGUCUGAGAGAACGUCCUCCAUCGACUUACUCUUUGAAGAUGGAGGCUUUCCACAGAGUCCUUAAUUCAACAGAAUAUUAUGAAACUCGUCCUUUUUCGGCUGGUGGAUACAACUGGACUCUUCGUGUGUACCCCAACGGGAACAACAAGGAUGGUGGUUCAGGCUACCUUUCCCUUUAUGUAGCCAUUGACAAGUCGAGCCUCGACGCUUCUGCACAUCAAGAGGUUUAUGCGGAUCUCAGGUUUUACAUCUUCAACAGGAACCAGAGGAAGUACUUCACCAUCCAAGAUACGGAUGUAUUCCGAUUCAAUGCCUUCAACACGAUGUGGGGAUUCUCUCAGGUUCUCCCUCUUGAUACCUUCAAAGACCUAAAAAACGGUUACCUUUAUGAUGGAGACCACUCCGAGUUUGGUGUAGAUGUAACCGUUCCUAAGCCUUUUGAGAAAUCAGAACUUUUAUCUUUUAGUAAGCGUUCAGACAGAUUCACCUGGACAAUUAGGGGAUUCUCCACGCUGACCCGAUAUACUUAUUCAGAUGUCAUCUCCUUCGCAGGAAGAAAAUGGCAAUUAGGAAUAAAUUCAAGUGGUAGUGGCAGCGGAAGUGGAAAAGCGGUGUCAUUGUUUUUUCACCUUCUUGCGAACCAGAGAACCGGAGCCUAUGAGGCGGUUUACGUUCUAGCCAAGUUUCAAGUUCUAAACCAACUAAAACUCGGCAACAUCCAGAUGGAACUGGAGAAUUGGUACGGAAUAACAUCGUUUGGAUGGGGUUUCAGUGAGUUCGUCUCUUUUGAUGAUCUCAGAGAUUCAUCAAAGGGUUUUCUUGUGGAUGAUACACUGAUGGUUCAAGUCGAACUGGAGGCCAUUUCUACUACCAAGUACUUCCCGAGUUAGAUGAUUAAUUUUUCCAAAUAAAGGAAUAUGCAGCUUCUUCAUCUAUGCUUUAUAUCAACCACCACUAUGUGUUUUUUAUCGGCUAUAUUCAACCAGCUAAUAAUAAUAAAGGGAAAUCCAUGUUUGUUUUCAAAGAUAGGAAAAUAUUAUACUACAAUAUAUCUCUGUUUUCAAAUAAAACAAUAAUUAAUCUUGUGUUCAAAUAAUGUAAAAUAUUAGGUCACAUUUUUAAUAAAGCAAACUAUUUAUUAAUCAUUUUAAAACUAUUUUAUAAAUCAAAUAAUUGAUUAAACACUCAAGUGAUUAUAUAUAUUUUUAAGGUUUAAAAGAACACAUCUUAGUAACUUUUUUUUAAAGACACAUCUUAGUAACUUCAAAGCCAAAAUUUUACAUCAUCACCUUUUGAUUCAUUUUUCUGCUAAAACAUCACUUGAUUAUAUAAAAUAAAUAUGGAGAAAAAUAAAGGGAUUUUUGCAAAAUUGACCUAUAACUUAAAGUCAAACACAAAACUAACCU